AUGAACACCAAACCUUCAAAUCCACUGGCACAAUAUAUCAAUGUUCGGGCAUAUCCUGCAGAAAUAAGAAAGCCACCUCAAAUACUGGACCUCAAAAUUUCAUUCCGCAAUUCCACCAUUCUGAAUCGGGGUACUGAAUAUGGGACUUUAGCAUUGCAGUACAGUGCACUGAACCACGUCAUCAAUAUUGAUAUUUUAUCCCAUUUCCCAGGCAGAACAUGCUUAAGCAUUCUUAGUGCUCUACUCUCUAACUUUUUACUGAAAGGCUGGCUGCACUGCAAUAAGAGGAUGGUCUCUGCUUUCAGAUCUUCGGCUCCCCUGCACGUGGGUCGCAGCUUCAGCUAUUUAGGGUAUUGGCAAUUAAUAUCAGGAACAAGAUACCCAUUCACAAAUGCCAAGUUCACCAUAAAAGCAGAUAAUUCCAUACAGAUCUUCCCUACAAGACCGUCUCCAGUUAGUUCUCAAAGUGCCCGAUUGUUUGGUGAAGAUACAAUCCAGGUUGAUAAUGUGACUCGAAUAGGAUUGGGUCUUCCUUCAGAUCUCCAUUUACUUCAACCAAGUAAAAAGGCCUUGCAAAGACUUUGUACUCUGUUCCUUACUGGAGAUCUGAGACCCACAAUGAGUUUGGCUCCUAUUCUUGUGCUCCAGGCUCUUGUCCAUGGUGACACAGCAGGAUCCAGAGAUGCAGCCACAGUGGCAGCCUUGAACUCAGGUCCCAGCAGAGACCUGAGGAUAGAGCCACACAGCGCUGCAGGCCCUUUACAGCUGCUCUUUUUGCCCUACACUUUCAACGGAGGUACUAUAUUGGCAAUUGCUAGAGAAGAUUUUUCAGUUGCUGCUUCUGACACUAAACUGAGUGAAGGGUUUUCAAUUCAUACCUGGGACAUCCCUAAAUAUUACAAAUUAAAAGUCAUUGGACGCAGCGGUUUUCAUGGAAAUUGUCUUACCCUGACAAAGAUUAUUGAAGUAACACUAAUGCUACAUAAGCAUUUCAAUAAUAGGGCUAUGACUAUGAGGGCAAUUGCUGCAAUGAUGUCUACAAUCCUGUAUUCAAAGCACUUCUUUUCAUACUAUGUUUACAACAUCAUUGGUGGAUAUGAUGAAGAAGGGAAGAGAGCUGUCUAUAGCUUUGACUCUGUGUGGUGCUACCAGAGAGACUCCAUUAAGGCUGGAGGUUCAGCAAGUACCAAGAUUCAGCCCCUGCUUGACAACCACGUUGGAUUUAAGAACAUGCAGAGUGGAGUUUGUCUCAUGUCCUUGAGCAGAGCCAUAUGGUUGGUGAAAGACAUCUUCAUUUCUGCAGCUGAGAGAGACAUGUCCACCAAUGCACUCAGGAUCUGCAUUGUAAACAAAAAGGGUAUCACGGAGGAGACUGUUCCCCUGAAGAAGGACUAA